AUGAGACUUAAUUACACAGAAUAUUUGAGAUCUCCUCUGUUCCCCAUUGUUCUGACUGUGUCCUCCUACUUUGUUUUGUGCAUUCCUUUUCUUGUUUGUGACAUCUUGGGAGAAAGGUUGGCCUGGGUCCAGCAAUUCAAGAUCCAACCUAGCCGUCGUCCUACAGCCUCUACACUGCUGCACUGUGCAGGGGUCACUAUGUACAACCAUGUGUUUCUUGUGCUCCCAGCAUCAGUGGCACAGUGGACAUGGAGGCCACCUGUUGAUCUGCCGGAACAAGCUCCCUCCCUGCUGGAGCUGAUUGCUGGGGUGAUAAGCAACCUCCUGCUAUUUGACUUCCAAUACUUCAUCUGGCACCUGCUCCAUCACCGGAUCCACUGGCUGUAUGCAACUUUCCAUGCAAUCCACCAUAAAUACUCAUCUCCCUUUGCUUUAGCCACUCAGUGCCUUGGUGGCUGGGAGUUGGUCACAGUGGGCUUUUGGACCACUUUGAAUCCUGUGAUCCUGAGAAGCCACCUGCUGACUACAUGGGUCUUCAUGGUUGUGCAUGUCUAUGUUUCGAUUGAGGAUCACUGUGGCUAUGAUUUCCCCUGGUCCACAUCACGCCUCAUACCGUUCGGCAUCUAUGGAGGGCCUAGCAAACAUGAUGUGCACCAUCAGAAACCCAACACCAAUUUUGCACCUCACUUUAGUCACUGA